AUGAGUGAUAGGGUCUUCACCAAGAGCAGCAUUACCUUAUUGCAUAGCCAUAACCUUGACGGAUUAUUUGGUUUUAUAUAUCAAUUGCUGGAUUUCAUGAUGUACCAAUCUCAAAAUGGACAGGAUCAGCUAAGCUAUCUCGACGUACCUCAGCAGCAACAGCAACAACAACAACAACAACAACAACAACAACAACAACAACAACAGAAGCAACAAGCACAGCAACAGCAACAACAGCAAAAAGAGACGGUCCAGGAGGCUGAGAAACAAAAGCAACAUACCCUUUUAGAAAAAAAACCACUCUAUGCAUUAGCCUCCAACGACUCACAAGAUCAUUCAAAUGACGCAGGAAACAAGGAAGACGACCACUAUAAGAAAAGUCUAUCGCCAUUGAGAUACAAAUUGCGAUCCUUGCUUCUUCCUUUGAUCAGGUACGAAACAGAUAUUUUAUUCCAGCUCCAAACUAAAUUGAGAAAUCCCAUAUUAGAUUUUUAUUUCGCAUGGACGGCCAACUUGGCCAGCCAUACUUUUUAUGUCUUGAUGCUUCCACCACCAUUCUGGUUUGGCGCUAGUGAUUUGAGUCGUGACUUGGUCUAUGUGUUGGGAUUGGGAAUAUACUUUACUGGGUUCCUUAAAGACUUUUUCUGCUUGCCUAGACCUAGGUCACCUCCCCUACAUAGAAUCACAAUGUCGAGUUAUACUUCGCAGGAGUAUGGGUUCCCAUCGUCGCACUCGGCAAAUGCCACGGCAGUGACAUUGGUUGUAUUGGCGUCAUUGAUCAAAAAUAAGGAGUCGUUUAACACUGGGAGCUUUUACUCAUUGGUUGUUGGAUUGGGAUUGUACUACUCAUCAUUGAUCUUUGGAAGAUUGUACUGUGGAAUGCACGGUUUUCUUGAUAUUAUCGUUGGCUCUAGCGUUGGGUUGAUCUUGUUUUUAUUUAGACAUUAUUGGGGUAAAGUAUGGGACAAUUUUCUUUUCAAUUAUGGUUUGUGGCUUGGAGCACUUAUGAUUAUUGGUAUCUUUGUUUCCCUAAUCCACUUCCAUUCCGAGCCAAUUGAUGAUUGCCCCUGUUUUGAUGAUACUGUUGCCUUUAUUGGUGUGUUGAUAGGUAUGGAUUUGAGUCAUUUGGUUGCUCAUGAAACAGGUUACCUUUACAAACUAAACACUUUUGGUGACUAUUUCUUGAUUCCGUUUGAUAGUACCCGCGGUGUGGUGAAUAUUGUUGCGAGAUUCAUCUUGGGUGUUUUGUUAGUCGUCGUGUGGAAGAGUGUUUCCAAGCCAGUCGUUUUCACCAUCUUACCGCCAAUCUAUAAAUUCAUUGGUGUGUAUUUACCACGAAGAAAUUUCAUAUCUACUGCACAUACUACACAGUCCACGAGGAAUAUCCGUUCAACAUCGAUUUCAAAUGACUCUAGUCAAAUUGGGGAUUUGAACAAAUUCAUCAAAGGAGUAACUGAUCAUAAGAAUAUCGAUAAUUAUGGGCCGAGCUCCGAUAUUGAUUACUACGAGAUCUUGGACUACAACAAGCAACAACAACAGAAAAGAAAAGAAGAAAACGAAAUCAAUCUGAGAAAUGGCAACAAAGAGAUUGAUAUGGAAAAGUUGAAUUUCAAAAGCGGCGUGUUCAAGUAUAGAUACGAUGUUGAGAUUGUUGGUAGGCUACUUGUCUAUGCAGGAGUUGCAACCACUGCCAUAUGGGGUUUUAUAUUUGCAUCGAGGCUUUUAGAGCUAUAG